ACGAGGUGAGCGCGCACGUAGGUCACGCGCGCCACACGAGUGCGUCACGCGCACGGCGGCGCUCUCAAAUUGUUUGUUGUGGCCUCAUCGUCCGUGACAAACUGGUGAGGUUCAGAGAGACCGACCGGAUCUGGUCCCAGGAGAUGAGAGCUCUCCCCCGGUGCGCAGUCUGAACAGGGAUGAACUCAAGGAGCCACGAUGGAAGAGGAGGGGGCAAUCAACUUCAAAGCUCUGAGGGCCAAGUUUCAGGAAGAGGCCCGUCUGGCUCAAUCCAACAACAGACGGCCAGCUGUUGCUGAGAAACCCAAACAUCUUCCACCUCCCGGAGGACACUGCAGCUCCAUGGUUAGCAGUAUCAGUAUUGCUGUGGAAAGCAAGAUACCGGUGGUUCCCCGGGUCUUUUUCCGAGAUGGGCUGCAGGCAUCUGGAGGCAAGCGACCAAUUUCCUUUUCACCACAACCUCGGCAGACAUCCCCCUCGUCCCAGCUCACUAACGGAGAAAGCACAACAAGGCAGUCCCUCAAAGAGCGACACAUGCCUCAGGUGCUUCCUGCCUUGCCUGUAAAAGAGCAGAAAUUAGAAGCACCAGUCAGAAAGGAGCACAAACCGGACCCAGAGUCACGAAAAGAAGUCCCGCCGCAAACUAAAAUCAAGAAGAAGGGUUUGCUGCUUCCUUUCAAGUCAGUCAAAGCAUCAAAAGUCGGUGCAGAAAAUGGAGAGGAGCCCACUUAUGCUGAUUUGACCAUGAGACCCUCUAGUGCUCCUGGCGAGUUGCCCUCAAUGGAGAGACAAACCACAGAAGGCGGCGUUUCAGUCCAAAGUGAUCACUCAACUGUCGAGUGGCCCCUGUCAAGCCCAGAUAUGGGGAUCACCCCUCCGUCUUCAGAGACGAGCGUCGACUCCGACAACAGAAUCAUUAGCACCUUGGAGAGGGCCAAGAGAAAGUUCUCACGCCGGCAGAUGUUGUUUUCCAUAAAACCCAAGAGCCUGCAUUCCCCUGACUACGCAUCAAGAGACAAGGCGUUCCCUUUGCCACCGAAGUACGUACAAAGUUUUGAGCCUGACCUCCCUAUACCCCCACCGGUCUGUUUGCCACCCCUGGCUUGUAUUUCAGCGCGGCCUUUCUUCAAAGCCACCAACUCUACACGUAAGCCUGCAUUCGCUAAGCAGUUGGGCAGGGAUCGAGCUGCAUGUCCCUUUGUGAGGAUGACUGAACCUCAUUCACCGUCUGCUCCUCCAAAGAAACCUCUACCUGACCUGAGCUCUCUGGGAAGACGGCCAGCAAAGCCCCCCAGACCUCCAUUAGUAGACCUUAGCUGCCACCAUAAACCCACAGCCCAUGCUGUGCCACCAGGUCUUAGCCAAGCUGCAACUGAAGAGCCAGAGUGUGAGCUCCCAUCCAUCCCCAACCCUGUGCUGGACGCUCCAGAGUUUCCAGAGUUUGAGAUUUCAGAAAUUGAAGCAGCAGAGGGAGAGGCUGUCGAUAUCGCUGCGCUCGAAUUGGAGGCUUUAGACUUUCUCAGCUCUGACCUGCCCUUACCAGUUGACUUUGAUGUCCCAGAUUUUGAGGCUUCCCAGACUGAUUUGUUAGGGUGUGAUCCCACAGAGCCCAGCAUGAGCUCCGUCACCCAAGAUCUGAACAUCGGCAGUCAAAAUAUUAUACUGCUCGAUCCAGCCAGCUUCCCUGAACCAAUAAACUUUUCAGAUUUCAUAGAGCCUGCUGCGCCAGAGCAGUGGUCUCAGAGUGAGGAGGCGAUCGCAGCCCCUCUUUCUCACUCUCACACUGAUGAGACUGAUCUGGGAGCUGCUGAGUGCCACUCGGUCCCAGAGGAAACGGAGCUUAGUAACCAUGCAGAAAUGAAUGAUGGCAUUCAGCCACAUCCGAGUGCUCAUCAACAGGACAGUUACUAUGAAGCAUGUGACAAUGUGUACGAAGAUGUUGAAAACCUCAACAAAACUAUCUUUGGCCAGAACUCUCGUAAACGCAGAGCUGCUCUGAAGAAUCCAUAUGCUGACCAACAACAAAUGAAGGAGGAGGCGUCUCUAAACAUAUGGCCGCGGAAUCCAUGGGCCACUGUAUCAGGAGAACAUGCCCACUCGGCCUAUAAUCAUGUCCACAGUAAGGAACGCCAAAGCCCCAACACUGCUGACUGUAAAGAACAGAAGAAGAGGGAGAAGCAGCGUUUGGAGAAGGAGAAAAAGGAGCAAAAAGAGAGGGAGAAAAAGGAAAAUGAAAUGAAAAAGAAGUUCAAGGUGACAGGCGAGGAGGAGCCCAUGUACCACGCCAAGGUGAUGGUGGCCAGUAAAGUCCGCAAGAAUGACCUGCCUGUGAAGAGCGGGGACACGGUCGGCAUCAUCCGCACCACUAACUGCCCCAAAGGCAAGUGGUUGGCUCGAGAUGAAGACCACAAGUAUGGUUAUAUUUCAGUCAUGAAUGUGGAGCUAAAUAUCAAGGAGAUGCUGGAACUUGGGAAGAAGGCCCAAGCUGCAGGACGAGGAGGAAACCAAGACGGAGACACCAUCAGCAAUGACAGCAGAUCCUCCAGUCACCCUGUGCUAACAAGUAGCUUCACAGAUGACAGCGAGGAGUGGGCUUGUGAAGACGAGACUCUCUCGCCCUCCAACGAAAGCCAUAGUUUUCCCCAGCAGACCUCGUCCAUGUCUGAGAUGUCUUGUAGCCAUGUCAGCGCCCAGCACACUCUGAGCGAUGCCAACCUGGAGGACCUACACACACAGACCAGACAUGAGGCCCUGCAGAAACUGGCCAUCUUCUUCCAACACACCAAAGAUGAAUUUGUUGAAGCUGAUGUUGAAGGAAAAACACCCACAAAUGCUGAACCACCAGAUUUAUUGUGUGCUGUUGAGGAGCCUCCAUAUCCUGAAAAGGAGGUCGACUUCACCGAGCUGGAACUCCUUCCUCCCCCACCACUAUACGCUGACACCUUCUGAUUACCUCAUCAGCUAAAACUUCAACUGGACUCCUGGGAUUGAUGCUGUGAAGAAGAUCUGCCAUUGGGACGUGUUUACCAUGAAUUUCAACAUGUUUUUUUAACUUCAGUGGGCAGAGAAAAGAGAAAACAAUAUCGUGUAUGAGAAAUGAAACUGCUGAUGUGACUGCAUUACACUCCAAAUGUCACUUUGUUGUCACUUUUGUGUUCCGCACUUUUUCUUUUUCUAAAGUUGCUGUUAAAAAGAGCAAACUGUGCACAAAAGAAGUCACUGGGCUUCCAUCACAACUGUUCACUUGUCGCUCGUGUUUAGGAAUAUGUUCUUUGCAUUUGGAUUUUCUCUGGUUUGUCCGUUACAUCUAAUAAAUAUUUCUCAUUGA